AUCGGUUACGUAAAAUUCUCCCAUCAUGCUUUGCGCGAGCGCAUCACAAAAAGCCCGAUGAGAAGAGCGAAGAGGAGGAGGCUACCAGCCGCGGAGGGUAGCCGAUUCCCGGAGAGGAUUUUCUGUUCUCGUCGUCCGAAUGAUCAAAUCGUGACGGCGGCGAACGAAAACAAAGAUAAAAGCAUCAUAAAACAUGAUGCUCACUCCCAGAGAAGAUCUUCCGUCGGGCCUGUGAGUGUCGGCAGGUUUCCAACCGCCGCCUCCUCGGGGGAUUCUGCUGUCUUGAGUCCGUCCUGACCCGCGACACCGCCAGGCGAUGACAGCGGCAACAGCCACUCCGCAGGUGAUGAGAGACCGGCUGCUACAGGCCAUCGACGGCCAGAGCAAUCAGAUAUGCAACAUGGUGGUAGUUAUGGAGGUGAUCUCCUUUUUGGAGAAAUAUCCUAUCACCAAAGAGGUACUGGAGGAAACCCGUCUUGGCAAACUCAUUAACGAUGUCCGGAAGAAAACCAAGAAUGACGAUCUUGCAAAAAGGGCCAAGAAGCUCCUGCGAAACUGGCAGAAGUUAAUUGAGCCAGAGAAGGCUGAGGUGUUGUCCAAAGGACACACCGGUGCGUCAUGGUCUUCCAAUGGUGGUGCUCAUCCCUGCAUCUCCGCUCCAGCUGCCACCACACCAUCAGGUAAAACAGGGUCAGAGUUGAAGAACAGAAAUGACUUCAACAACCGCUACUCCCCUCGGGUGGAAAAACUGAGCAACAGGAAACGUAAGGGUGACCAGAAGGAAGGACAGCUCUUACCAGCAAAGAUAUCCAAAACAACUCUUAAUGAUAAAAUAAAAAACUCCAAACAGCUGCCUACCAAUGUAAUUGGCGGUAGCUCUGAACUUUUUACAGAUACACGUGCACAUCAGCCUUUAGACAAGGAGAUUUCUGACGCUUUGGACAAUGACAGGCUAAAUAAAAUCCCUGUCAAUGCUGUAAAACCUCAUCCAAGUGCCCUGGGAUACAGCAAGCCUCCUAGCACUUCUUCUUUGCUAAAAGCAUCAGUUCUGCAGCAGCAAGCCAGACAGGAUCAAGCUGCCUCUGGGGGGCAGAAUCGACCCAGAAGCCCACGCGGUUCCUUGCACAGUCCUCAAACUCCAAAGCAGGAAGCUGGUGUCAAACAAACUGCAUCAAAAGCACAGAGUCUUUCUAGCCCCACUUUGAGGCCUGGGUCUGUGGACACCUCUGGGCUGGGGCCUUCCCCUCAGCCUUUCAAUGUUUGUGUUCAGGGUUUGCACACCGACAGUUCAUGGUCUGCAGGUUUGGACUCUAAAAGCAGGCCUCACAAUACAUCUCUUUACGACUCAUAUGCCUCCUCCUGCAGUGAUGGGGUCGGUUUGGAAGAUGAUGGUGCUGUUAGCAAUACAGGGAAAAGGAAAGGACAGAAAUACAAGCCUAAGGACCAUGUGGUCAAGUUAGAUGGACAGACUGUAGAAGACAGCACUAAAACAGUCAGAUUAAAAGACAGGAGACUGACAUUUGACCCUGUAACAGGACAGAUCAAAUCCUCCUUUCAUAAGGAGUCUUGCCAGGAGAGGGAGGUCAGACUGGGCCAAAAACCUGAAUCUCAGUGGUCUGAACAGCCGAAGCAGAAUCCACCAGUUCCUCCCAGUCCCUUCCAGCAGACAGACUGGAAAGAGCUGUCGAGGAGCGAAAUCAUCCAGUCGUACCUUAGCCAGCAAAGCAACGUGCUGACGUCGUCAGGUGCCCACACCCCUAGUGCACACUUUUUCAUGACAGAGUUCUUGAAAAAAGAGGAACACCAAAGUAAAGAUGACAUGAAAACACACACGUUGGCACCAGAACUCCCAGCAAUGGAUUUACCAGGGGUUAGCAGAGAGGUCAUCAAUGAAGACCUGAACAGAUUACACACACAACACUGGUCCGGGGUUAACGGUUGCUAUGACACGAAGGGUACUUGGUAUGACUGGACGGAGUGCAUCUCCUUAGACCCGCAUGGAGAUGAGAGCAGGUUGAACAUACUGCCAUACGUCUGUCUGGAUUGAAACUGAGGUUGAGUUUCUGAAUUGGAAGUAGUAAGCUGCCUUCAUCGUACAGCGAAGCAACUCUGCAUGUGUGGAGGCACUUCAUUUAAGUGUAAGCUACUGUUUUGCACCGUUGGUGAAAGUGGAGUCAUUGUGCUGCCUGCUCGGGUGUGUGGAGCACAGGAGGUGUAAUCAGUGUUUUUAUGAGUAUUUGAACAUGUGUGUGAGGACAGCACGAAGGAAAAAGGCUAUGCAUUAUCUGACCAUUUAGUUGUCUGUGUUCAGUAACUGUACAGAUUUGAGUUUCCAGUACCUGUCAUUCUUUGUACGGACAAGAACAUCACAUUAAACUGCACAGGUACAUUUUAUUUGUCUUAUGUUAUUCACAUGCCUUGUGGAAUGUGACUUUACUGAAUUUUCUGCAUCCACUCACAUUUAGUUCACAGUGCUGCUUUUUUUUCAUUUAAAGUUUUUAGUUAAAUUUUAUGUUUUUAAAAAAGAUCAACUUUAUCACCUUUUCAAUAAAGAGUAGUAAGCUACAAUAUUGGAGCAGCCAUCCAACAGAUGCAUCUACCAAUGAGGUUUUUGUUGGCAUUUGCUCACGCGUCUUGAACAAGCCUGUUUAGCUGUUAAAGCUGAAAUCAAGGCUAUCUUCAAGUAGCUAUCCUCAUUACCAUUGGUUUUAACGACUAUCAACUGUUUGUGCUGUGAAAAACGUUAAUCAUUGCACAUUUAGCGGAACCUGUUUCCCCUGCACAACUGUCUCAUACAGCGAUUUUUAGCAGAAAGAAUAAUUGACAAAUCAGUUUUUUUUAAGACAAUUGAAUAUUUUUCUUGUGUUGUGAGAUUUAAAUGCUAAAAAUGUUAAAUAAAGUGACAAGAAACUGCCAGAUGUGACUGUGCAGUUGUGAGGUAAAAUAAAGAAAGGCUGGAACAAUACACAUUGAUAAAGAAAUAUGGCUGUUAUGUAUGAUAUUUAUUGCAUUUACAUAUUCAUUUUGAGAUUUAUAUACAUGUUCAGACUACACAAAAUAAUUUUGUUAGAUUUCUUUAUUCAGAAUGGUUCAGUGAUGCAGCAGUGACUUUCUAAACUUUUCCUGCUGAUACACCAACCUACCUUACACAGGAAAACUAUCCAAAAUGACACAUUUUGAUGAUGUGAACUAAUAUUAUUUUAUACUUGCCUUUUCCCUUUACUGUGUAUUUAGGCUGUAAAAUAUUAAUUGAAAUGGCAGAGCAGAUUAUGCUACUAGCUUGCAUCUUUGUACUGUCAUGAAGAAUAUAAAUUGACAUGCUGGAUAACGUACUUUAUCAUUCCUUUAGAUAUUGUUUGCCUUAUGGAAACCUGUGUUUUCCCUAAAGACAGAGCCUUAGUGAAUGUACAGAAAUUAGCCUUUUGUGUUCAGUCGAAUGCAGAAGAGAACAUAUUUGCUACUUAGUCCUUUAAGUGGACAUGUUGAUAUGUGUUAAUAAAAAAACUGAAGGAAUUGUGA